AUGUUGACAUCUGGUAGCACCAGUCUACCAAAGGCAGUUUGCCUGACUCAUCGUCAGAUAAUUGCUUCACUUGCAGGGAAAUGCGCGACACUGCCCGUGAAUGAUGGCGGUGCCUUCUUGAAUUGGAUCCGACUUGAUCAUGUCGGCAGCCUCGUCGAAAUACACUUCCAUUCCUUGUUCACCGGGUUGAAUCAAGUGCACGUCCAGCCAGAAGACAUUUUAUCCGAGCCAUCCUCGUUUCUGCGGGUGCUGGAGCGACAUAACGUUGUGAAAACGUUUGCCCCGAUCUUUUUCCUGGCAGAACUUGAGCGCUUUCUCGCUGCCUCUGGCGCGGCAAACGGCAACUUCAGCCUCCAUUCUCUACAAUACAUCGUGUCCGGAGGCGAAGGCAAUGUGGUUUUAAAUUGCGCUCGGCUUUCUCGUCUGCUUGAAGAAAACGGUGCUCCGUCGAACCCUAUUAUCCCGGCUUUUGGCAUGACCGAAACCUGCGCUGGGUCAAUAUACAACCUUUCUUUUCCCUCUCAUGACCUACAGCAGAAAUAUGAGUUUGCAUCUGUUGGAUAUGGUAUUCCGGGGAUUGAAGUCCGCAUCGCCUCCUCCGAGGGUACAUUAGCUGGCCCAGGAGAGGUUGGAAGCCUCGAAAUCAAGGGCCCGGUCGUAUUUUCCGCCUACCAUAACGAUCCGACGGCGACCGAAAAUUCAUUUACCCGGGAUGGAUGGUUUAUAACCGGAGACACGGCAUUCACAGAUGACACUGGUCGGCUAGCCCUGGUCGGACGUACGAAAAAUGUCAUUUCAAUAAACGGGCUCAAGUAUUACCCACAGAGCCUUGAGGCUGCGAUCGAGGAUGCAGGCAUAGAAGGGAUUGCCAGAGGAAAUCUAGUGUGCUUCCCUCAGCGCUCCUCGGGUGCUCCAACAGAGCAUGUUUUGUGUCAUGUAUGUCCCUAG